AUGUCUGGUCCUGUUGCUCGACUCGCCAACAUCAAGCUCGGCUCCAAUAAAGGCGGCAGCUCCUCCUCUGCUUCCACCGUCUCCGAUACGUCUCGUUCUGUGCGAAAUGCUAACAAUGCUCCAAGCGCGGAUCUCGGCCUCAUUGGCCUUGCUGUCAUGGGACAGAACCUGAUUCUCAACAUGGCCGACCACGGCUUUACCAUCUGCGCCUUCAACCGAACCGUCUCCAAGGUCGACCGCUUCCUGGAAAACGAGGCCAAGGACAAGUCCAUUGUUGGCGCCCACUCCGUUGAGGAGUUCGUCUCCAAGCUCAAGACCCCCCGCCGCGUCAUGCUCCUCGUCCAGGCCGGCCAGGCUGUCGAUGACUGGAUCGAGAAGCUCCUACCCCUCCUGGAGAAGGGCGACAUCAUCAUUGAUGGUGGCAACUCGCACUUCCCCGACUCCAACCGCCGCACCCAGUACCUCACCAGCAAGGGCCUUCGCUUCGUCGGCUCCGGUGUUUCCGGUGGUGAGGAGGGUGCCCGCUACGGCCCCUCCAUCAUGCCCGGUGGUGACGAGGAAGCUUGGCCUCACAUCAAGGACAUCUUCCAGGGCAUCUCUGCCAAGUCUGACGGCGAGGCCUGCUGCGAGUGGGUCGGUGACGAGGGUGCUGGCCACUACGUCAAGAUGGUUCACAACGGUAUUGAGUACGGUGAUAUGCAGCUCAUCUGCGAGGCCUACGACAUCAUGAAGCGUGCCCUCGGUCUCACUAACAAGGAGAUUGGUGAUGUCUUUGCCAAGUGGAACAAGGGUGUUCUCGACUCUUUCCUCAUUGAGAUCACUCGCGACAUCAUGUACUUCAACGACGAUGAUGGCACUGCCCUUGUCGAGAAGAUCCUCGACAAGGCCGGCCAGAAGGGCACUGGCAAGUGGACUGCUGUCAACGCCCUUGACCUCGGCAUGCCCGUCACUCUCAUUGCUGAGGCUGUCCUCGCCCGCUGCUUGUCUGGCAUCAAGGAGGAGCGUGCGGUUGCCUCUACCAAGCUGCAGUACGUUUCGCGCAACAGCGGCAAGUUCGAGGGCAACAAGGAGCAGUUCCUUGAUGACCUCGAGCAGGCUCUCUACGCCUCCAAGAUUAUCUCGUAUGCCCAGGGCUUCAUGCUGAUGCAGGAGGCUGCCAAGGAGUACGGCUGGAAGCUGAACAAGCCCUCUAUUGCCCUCAUGUGGCGUGGUGGCUGCAUCAUCCGCUCCGUCUUCCUCAAGGACAUCACCGCCGCCUACCGCAAGGACAACGACCUCGCCAACCUCCUUUUCGACGACUUCUUCAACAAGGCCAUCCACAAGGCUCAACCCGGCUGGAGAGACGUCGUCGCCCAGGCUGCUCAGCUUGGUAUCCCCACCCCCGCCUUCUCUACCGCCCUGUCGUGGUUCGACGGCUACCGCACCAAGGACCUGCCCGCCAACCUGCUCCAGGCCCAGCGCGAUUACUUUGGCGCCCACACCUUCCACAUCAAGCCCGAGGCUGCCAACGCCAAGUACGAGGCUGGCAAGGACAUUCACGUCAACUGGACCGGCCGUGGUGGUAACGUUUCUGCUUCCACCUACCAGGCUUAA